CCCCCCCCCUGCCCCCCCCACCAGCCUCCUCUCGGCUUGAUGGUGUAGCCAUGAGCUUGCCACCUCAGGCGAAGCCCAACGCAAAGAGGACCGGCAAGCGCAUCACUUUCUUCGACGAACAAGCCAUGCCCAUGAAGGAGUCACUGCAGCAGCACGGCGGUGGGGGGGGCUGCUUUGGCAUGCGGGCCCCGGGGUCCGAGCCGCCACGCGGCGACAUAGUCUUUGGCCCCGACAAGAAUGAACAAGCACGGGCUCACUUCCAGCACGGCGUGCCUGUCAAGUGGCCCGAGCAAGACCCUGGCUGGCCUCAGGGCAUCCCCCGCACCUGGGGGCAGGGCAUGGGCCCGUACAUGGGCGUGAGCGAUCCAGUGGGCCAGGUCACCUACGCCAAGCCAGCCCACGAAGCAGGAACCAUGCAGGUGCCGCGUAGGGCUGCUGAGAAGCAGCCGAACCCGGCUGAGGCGUACCGGGACCCGGCCAAGACCCGAAGCCUAGAGUGGGAGCAGCAGGCGCCUGCCGCCAUGCCGCAGGUCUCCUUCCCUGGCUUCCCGCAGGGCCACAAGCCCGGCGUGCUGCACGGCGCCGCUCACACAGCCCCCAACUCGAACGUGCUGCAGCCCUUCCAGCUAGCGUUCCGCCCUCCGAGGCAGCACCUGACCUCUGGCUACUUUCCGACCCAUGGCGCCAUGUCUAAUGUGAAUUACGGGGUGCACGUCAAAGAGCAGCAGCAGCAGCAGCAGCAGCAGCAACAGCUGCAGCAUCUGAGGCAGCAGCAGCAGCAGCAGAUCCAGCAGCAGCACAUGCAACAGCAGCAGCAGCAGCACAUGCAGCAGCAGCAGCAGCAGCACAUGCAACAGCACAUGCAACAGCAGCAGCAGCAGCAGCAUUUAUUGCAGCAGCAGAACCAGCAGAACUACCUGGACAUGUACCCUAACGCGCACCACACCCAUGCCCACCCGCACCUCCACCAGCAGGCCCCCAAGGCCAUGGAGGCGGUGGGUCACCUGCAGGGGACCACUGUUCCCUUCGGCCCUGUGAAUGUGGAUCCCCGUGCCCAGGGGCCCCUUGCGGACUCUCGACAUCCCUGUGACAUGCCUCAGCUCCAGCUCCGUCGCUCCCGCCGCCUCUCCCGGGAGGGCGAUGUCCCUAGUGUGGUGCUGUGGGGCCAGGAUGCCCCGGAGCAGCCGGGCCCUCGAAACGGGGCCCCGGAUGGCCAGGGGGGCGCCACCGAGCCACAGGGGGCCCCGAUGGGGGUCAUCCAAAGCACGCGCCGGAAGAGGAGGGUGUCCCAAGAGGCCAAUCUAGAAACAUUGGCACAGAAGGCGUCCGAAAUGGAGUCCCUGCCUUCGCAGGUCGUCAAGCAGGAGGAGCACCUGAAAGCCCACGAUGGCCAAGAGUCCGCCGAAGGGGAAGGCCAAGGUGUCAAACGUGCUCGUGAUGACAGCCUGCUGCCACUGGUGAUUCCCGUGUCUGUGCCAGUGCGACAGACUGAGCUAGAACUGUGCUCCGGGUCAGGGCAUGGCCAGACCGGCUGGAGCACCCCCCGGCCGGGGCAGCAGGACCCUACGCAACCGGAGCACAAGGCCUCCGUCAUCGUGACGCGACGCCGCUCGCUGAGGAACUCUCUGUCAGAGAGCUCUGCCCAGGAUGAGGGGGGUAAAGACGACGACGGCAAGUCGGUGCGGUGGAAGCGUCGGCCGCGCCCCGAGCCACUCUUCAUCCCGCCACCCAAGCCCAGCUCGCUGAUCGCGCCGCCGGCCUACCACAACAUCACGUCGUACCAGAGCCACCUGCGCUCGCCGGUGCGGCUGGCCGACAGCACCAUGAUCAUCCCACCGUACACGCCGCCGCCCAUCCUGAGCCCCGUGCGAGAAGGCUCCGGCCUCUACUUCUCCACCAUCCUGUCGUCUGUCGCCGCCAGCAGCCAGGGCCUACCGCCGCCCCCCACGCCCAAGACCUCCACCCGCAGCCUGCUGCGCUCCACCAGUUCAGAUAUAACACCCCCAAUCCUCCCGGUCAUGGGGGAGGCCACUCCUGUCAGCAUUGAGCCGCGGAUAAACAUCGGGCAGCAGUACCAGGCGGACAUACCCACACUGCUGGACCGUUCUGUUGCACAGCAGGACGUGCAUCUGGCCGACCUCGUGUGGCUCCCGGUACCGGAGCUGCAGUCGACACCUUUACUGCAGGAGCGUGUGAAUGACCUCAUGAAUCUGGCUUGCUCCAGUGCUGUGUGUGGGGGUGGGACGAAUCAGGAGCUGGCUAUGCACUGCCUGCACGAGUGCAAAGGAGACGUCCUGAGAGCCAUGGAGCUCCUGCUUCUGAAGAAUCCCAUUUUCUCCAAGACGCACCCGCUGGGAGACUAUCACUACUCAGGGUCAGACCUUUGGACACCAGCAGAAAGAGGCUUCUUCAACAAGGGCAUUACCGCCUAUAAGAAGGACUUCUUUGUGGUCCAGAAGCUGGUGCGCACUAAAACCGUGGCCCAGUGUGUCGAGUUCUACUACAGCUACAAGAAGCAGGUGAAGCUCGGCCGUAAUGGCGUCCUCAUUUACGGGGAGGCGGAGCCCGGUGAGCCCAGGGCCUCGGACGCAGAGGUGGAUGUGAAGACCUCUCAACGGUUUGACCAGUGGAAGGAGGACGACGAGCACCCCAAGACAGAGGGGGCGUGUGAGCCGAAGCGGGAGGCAACUCCGGCCAGGGUGGUGCGAGCGCUGCAGGCCAACACAGGCGAGGAAGAGCGGAAGGAGCCCCCCCAGGUCAGACAGACCCCCCAGCCACCACCGGCUGUCGCCUCACGGCCGAAGAGCGGGGCAGCCCCCCCGGGAAAGGCCCCACUGGACCAGGAGGGCACGUUCCCCUGCAAGAAGUGCGGCAGGGUUUUCUUCAAGGUAAAGAGCCGCAGUGCCCAUAUGAAGAGCCACGCCGAGCAAGAGAAGAAGGCGGCCGCACUGCGCCAGAAGGAGGCUGAGGAGCGGGCGGCGGCCCAGGCGGCGGCCCAGGCGGCAGCAGCAGCAGUGGCGGCGGCGACCCAGCAGAACGGCGCACGGGAUGGCACCGAGGACAGCAGCACCGAGGAGUCGUCGGAGGAGGGCGAGGACAAAGAGGAUGCGGACUGGCACUGAAAUGUCCCCUCACCGCCCUUCCCAUCUGUGGUGUCCAGAGACUCCGUGCCGUGCAGGUUCACAGUCUCCGCCCACUGGCACAGGACUCCGCCCACUGGCACAGGACUCCGCCCACUGGCACAGGACUCCGCCCACUGGCACAGGACUCAGCCUACGCCAACAUGCUUUUGGGGGUCAGCUGUGCUCGUGCAGUUCCACUCUCAUCUGGGGGAAGCAAUUUCAGGAGCUGGAUUUUGGGGAUAGCAGCCAUUAUCAUUGGGGUUAAAAGACACUGGUGCACGCAUGCACACGUAUGUGCGCGUACUCUCUCAGAAUUUGGAGGUAUGUGCAGUGAAACCCCUGACUUGAUCUCAGAUGCAGCAUAAAUAUUAUACUGGAGGCUGGAGUGCCGGUCAGGGAGACCCAGCCAGAUAGUGGAGUGUGUGUGUGUGUGUGUGUGUGUGUGUGUGUGUGUGUGUGUGUGUGCGCGCGUGCGUGCGUGCGUAUACUUACGUGUGCACACGCAUGCCAGUGUCUUCUAAUGUUUUUUAACGAACCAUUGAUACACAAGACUUGGUCAUACGGUAUAUUUUAAAGACCGCAGUGGUAAUACACCUUCGCAGACCUGCCAGAACAAGGUGAGCUGUUUUCGUGUCGAAGUGCUGUGUUUUGGGAUAACUUUGUUUUUUUUUUCCUCACUGUAGAUGCCUUGUAUGUUUUUGAUGCUUUUAUAUUUGCAAGACAAUCCAUUUUUAUUCUGCUCUUUUGUAUUGAAAAAUGUACUUGCUAUUAUUAUUAUUAUUAUUAUUAUUAUUAUUAUUAUUAUUAUUAUUAUUAUUAUAAAUAAUAUUAUUGUUAUAAUUGUUGUAUAUUCUCCAGUGUAAUGAUACUGUUAUUGAAACUGGUGUCUACUUUACAUUCAAGUUCUCUUUUUCAAUGAACUGUUCAAACUUUGAGAAAACUGUGACGCUUGAUCAGAUUUCUCUGGAAAACAGGAAAGAACAAAUGUAUUUCCCAUGUGCAAUACUGUGUAAACAACACAGUCUCCGCCCCUCCUGUUCUCUCCUCGCCUUAAGUCGCUGGAUAACAUUAUUCAAACAAACAAACGCCGCUAACUAAUGCAGAACGAUGCUGACAAUCAAGAAAUCCAAACUGAUUUCUCAGGGUCUGUCGUCUUUUUUUUUUUUUUGUGCAUUUUAGAUGCAAUGUUUACAUCCGGCUUCACCUCUUCUUGUCUUUCUUAUAGCACCAAUAAUGAUGUCUGUAUAUGUGCAUGUGUGUCUCUCUCAGCAAAAUCCUUCUGCUGAAGUUCCCAUCAGCUGCGGGAGGAGGUGUGAUUUUGUAUUUCUGUUUGUUUAAAUACUUUAUUAUGGAUGCGUAAUGAUCAAGAAUCUAACUUCACAAAUGCAAAGCUAAAACGCUACUGUCACUCUGUACAGUCUAAGGGAAUUUUAAAACGAAGGGUUAUAUACAUAAUGUAUGUACAAAUAUAUAAAAAUGAUAUAUCCACAUUUUCUAUAUUAUUUUGAUGAGUUACGAUACACUAAAGGAAAAAAAAGUAUUGCGUGCUUUUGCUAUAGUAACUUAUUUGAUUUCUUAAAAUGGAGUUUUUGAAUAGUGAUGAACAUUUUUGAUUAAAAUUCAUGACUCUUGUAAGUGGAA